AAUUUCCUCCUCCAUCCUACACGAAGCUCAUUCCUCAUUUCACUUUGACGAUGCCAUCCCUUCGCACCCUUGCUUUAACAGUCUCAGUGGCCUUGCUGUCUGCAACAGCAUUGGCCCUGCCUGCUGCGCCCUGCCAUGGCCACGCUCACAAUGGAGUUACUGCCCUUGGUGAAACCCACGAGCAGGCUGCAGGUCUUGCGAGGAAUCUUGUGAAGAACACGGGCGUCGGCACGCUCAUGACUGUGAUGAACGCAGAUAAAAAGGAUGGCACUCUCGAGGGUUAUCCAUUUGGAAGCAUGGAUUACUAUGUCGACGAUUGCGAGACUCCUGGAACGCCUCUAAUGCUGCUCUCGCAUCUUCAGAUCAAUGUUCAGAACGCCAAAAGCCUGAACCGCGUUUCACUCGCCAUCAGAAAGUUGCCGGUAGAGGGCGAGCGCGGUAACCCCAUGAUUGAUCCUCGACUCACACUUCUUGGACACUUGGUUCCUUUGGAUGCAGCCAAGCGUGAUAGAGCUGCAAAGUGCUUUGUUGAGAAGCACCCGGAGGCAAAGUGGUGGUUACCCGGCAGUGGGUUCCAUGAUUUCAAGUGGUAUCAUCUCGAGAUCAAGGAGAUUUAUUAUGUCGGAGGAUUCGGUGGGAUCCACUACAUUGGGUGGAUCGACACCGAAACGUAUUAUGAGGCAGAGGCAUCGCACCACCAGGAGCAUGAGAAGGAGCACAGCCAGCUUCGUUUCCUGACUCAAUGAGCGGAGGGGUCAACCAGUCACUUCUUUCAUUAGACUAAACGUAUUUGUUUGUCCUCAUGACAUGAGAAAUAGAGAAAUAUAAGUUGGGUUCAUUGAGUUCUUUGA